ACUGUUCAAAAAUAAAAACUUUGUUAACUCUAUCGAUUCGUAUUGUAUAAAAAUAUAAAGAAAAUAAAUCACCUCUGAUACGUGUUGCUGAACCAUAUUCUACCAGUUUAUUUUCCAAAUGAAGAAAGUGGAGGCUCAUAGCGGAAUGUUUGAGAAUUAAUUGGAAUAGAAGACAAUCGAACAAAAAUAAUAGAAAGCUGCAAUCACUGCAAAUACUGACGCAAGUUCAUCAUUGAACGAUGUACAAAUCGAAUCAGGAACCAGACAUACCUGCAGCAUUAGGUUUGCUGUCACACCUAGAUAACGACGAGCUGAAAGAGUUAUUAAACGAUGACGGAAAGUUUGAAGAUAUUGUAAAAGAUAUAAAACAGUUUAAGAAUCUCGAGACUGAAAAGGAAAUGUUAAUGGCGAGCAACAGAUCUUUGGCUGAAUUUAAUUUGUCCAAGCAACCGGAAUUAGAAGAAGGUAAACAAAUCUUAAAAGAAUUAAGCGAACAGGCUAAUCAAUUGUGUACCAACGUUAAGGACAAAUUAGAUGAAACACGUAACAAAUCUGGCACAAUGACUGUUGAUACUGCACUGGACUUACUGCAGGCAGCUGCUGCUGAAAUUGAGGAAGAAUCAGAGGCAAUAGCAGAGAAAUUUCUAUCCGGCGAUAUUGAAGUAGACGAGUUCUUGGAUCAGUUUUUGUCACGAAGAAAAUUAAUGCACUUACGUAAAGUAAAAGUAGAUAAACUGAGAGAUUUGAUAAGAAAAGGACAUUCGACAAGUAAUACUCCUGGUUAUCCAUUGACUACUUCUAAUUUUCCUGGAAUAGCACCUUCUGUACCAUAUCCAACUGGAUCUGUAGCCAUGCCAAUGCCAUUGCCAUCGGGAUUACCUGUUUAUAGGCCAUAUUAAAUAAUAUGAAAUUAUGUUGCAUAUUUAUGUUUUUAAAAUAUAUUGCUUCAUUCGACAUGGCACAAAAUAUUUCACUUUAAAGUAUUUUACAUACAAUUCCUUUUACAAAUUAAUUUUUCACUAUUUUUAUAUUACAUGUAUAAUACAUAUUAUGUAACACACAAACUGCAUAUUUGUAUAUCAUUACACUUUACCUUAAUCCUUUACUACAUGUUUGAUGAUAGUACACAAUCAAUUUUCAUUAUUUUGACAGAACAAUAAAUGUGUAUUGUAAAAUAAAUAUAUAUACAUG